CUUUUGACUACGAUUGGCUUUACAAAUUGCAUAUUUUUGUGAAAAUUUCAGAUUAUUGCAUAGAUCUUCCGUGCAAAACACCUGAAAUGUCAAAACUAAUUGUCAACAAAAAAGCCACGGUGGACUUACCUGUUCUAUGUACCCUACGGUGGGAUACGUGGAAACUUUGUUUUGCUUUCGCACGCAGGUCCCUUUCACCGAUUUGGCUCAACAUCUGGAAAGUGUAUUUUAUCAACGAUGAAUGAAGCAGAUAUUCCGAUCGACAUCGCUGCAGGCAAGUUGCUGGAUUGGUUGAUUUCGCGACGAAUCGUUGAUAAAAAUUGGCACCUGCAUAUACGCAACAUUCGUAACAAAAUUAGCAAUGCCAUCACGGACAUGCCCGCUCACGACGAGCUGCUACAGCUACUAUCCGGAGCACAUAUCAACUAUUUCCACUGCCAGCGCAUCGUGGAAAUCCUCAAAACUACCGAGGCUGAUUCGAAAAACGUGUUCGGCCGGUACGGUAGUCAGCGGAUGAAGGAAUGGCAAGAGAUCGUUAAGAUGUACGAAAAGGAUAGUCUGUACCUGGCGGAAGCGGCUCAGAUAUUGGUGCGCAACAUUAGCUACGAAAUUCCCGGCAUUCGCAAACAGAUCAAGCAUCUCGAGCAGCUGAGCGAGGAGGCCGAAAAGAAGGUGGAAGAUUUGGAGCGUUCCGAGAAGGUGGUGCUGGCGGAGUAUCAGAACAUGUGCAAACAUUUGGGCGUUUCCGGUGAAAACCUACGCCAGGAGCUGGUGGACAAAGUAUUUAACGAUCUGCCGGGGAUGCUAGCCAAGGUUGCCGGUUCGGUGACGCCACUGAAGAAAACCGUAGAGCUGUACGCAUCCUUUGUGACGGAUCCGGAAUGCUUACCUUUGCUGAAGCACGUCCUCGCCAAGGGCAACACUACGGUGUACGAGUACGUGUACGGUGAGCCACCGCUGUCGAUUGAAGAACCGCCGGUACAGUUCGUCACACAGCAGGCCGAUUCGCAGCCGGGCGAUGAUGGAGCGAUUGAUUUUGGAGACGAUGGCGGUGCGAUCGAUUUCGGUGACGGUAAUGCGCUAGAUCUAGAUGCACCGGUCGAGCUGGAAGUCGGUGAUAUCGAUUGGGGUGCAGCCGAACCGGUAGCCGACGACAAUGUGAUCGAUUUCGAUAUUUCACUCGAAGAAAGCGGUAUAGUGGUGGAAGAGGAUGGCAAUCUGGGUGGCGUUGCUAAGGGAGACGAAGCGUAUACCGUACUCGACGCACAGCAGUACCGCGAUCGGUUCAUAAACGAUAUACUGGAGCUGCAAUCCUUCCUGAAGAUGCGGCUUCAUCAGCUCGCAAGCGUGGACAAGGCACAAAUGCUGUCCUUCACCAUGAUGGACAACUUUGCCGCGCACGAUGAAAAGUCGGUGGCAGGCAUGUUGGCCGAGGUGGAAAUUGUGUAUACCGGUGUGACGGAUGAGCUGAUGCAGCAUCUACUUCAGAUUAAACAUUCCCCAGUGUAUGUGGACAUUCUAACGUCGAACGUGAAGCAGAAACUAUCAUCCAUCGAGAAGAUGAAGGAAACGGCUGCGAUGAAGAAGGAAAAAUCGGUCAGCUUUAAGCAGCAAAGUGUGGAACUAAAGCCGACCAUGACGAAGGUGAUCGAGCAAACGAAAACGCUCCAGGGACAGAUUGAGAGGGACAUCUCGAAGCGGUACAAAAAUCGUCCCGUCAAUCUUUACGGUACUAAUUUGUAGACCGGGGAUGAUGUUUGUGUGUUCACGUAAUGUCUUUACGAAGUUGUUUAAUAUAUGAGAAUGUGCCUAUUUGGUUACAAACGCGUGUUGAAGUUUAA